AUCCCCGGGGUCGUGUCGCUGCUCCACCGGAUCCGAGGCGGACACGUCCCCGUGGGUUCGAACACCGGAUCGAGCCCACGUUUACCGUGUUGAGGUCGAAGCCUCUUUCCUUUGUUUGAUCGAUGCUUGUUUUCAUGUCCGGUGAAACGUCCGAGUCCGAGCCGCAGACACGUUGUUCCACAGCAGAUCCUCCGUGUGGUUCCACAUGAGAUCCGGAUUCUAUGUGUUCCUCUACAUGCUCCUCUACAUGUUCUUCUUCUAUCUGUUGUUCGUGGAAAUCGCUCCAGCUGUGAAAUGUGAUGACUCAGCGUCAUGCUGCGUCAUCACAGAUCCAGCUUCGAGCUGAGAGGAAGCCACAGUAGAUAUCUAUGUGUAUAUACAUAUCUAACAUGUAUGUGUAUAUACAUAUCUAACAUGUAUGUUUAUAUCUAACAUGUGUAUAUGUCCUGGACGUGCUCAGUUGAACUGCUCUCUGAGGAGGAGGUGAUCAGGCAGCUGACUGGACACAGGAAAUAGACGUGUCCUCCUCUGGGGUGCACCUCCUGCUUCAGGAGACAGAGAAGGUGUCUGCUCACUCUGCUCCUGGUUCUCCUGCAGCUCUCAGGAGAACCCUGCAUGCUGAAGCUCCAUGUGAUGGACAGUGACUCAUAGCUCUGCAGAGAUCACAGCCUCCUCUCAGAUCGGAUCUGUGAUCUGUGUCCUGGGUUUCUGAAGGGAAGCCCUGCUUUGUUAGAGCUGAUCUGAGGUCAGCUCACAGGCAGAUGUGUGGUAUUCAAAUGGCAGCAUUAGGAUGUAGAUCUCUGGUUUGAAUCAGAACCUUCUGUUAACUGAGAGGAGAGCAGAUCUUUAGUCUUUGGUCCGUUCGAUGCUGAUUUCAAUAAAAACAACUUCAUUCAAAACCAGCCGUCACAACGAGGACAGCAAAUAUUAAAGUUAAUUCAACAUUCAAAUCAAUCUUAAUUAUUUAAACUGGAAACAGGUUUGUAAAGGAUCAUAUCAGUAAUAAUCAGCUCAAGACAAUAUGAGUGGCAGCAUUUGAGUUAAUAUCAUUUAUUUUUUCUGGUUUGGAAUAAACCAAUGUUUCCUGGUGGAGAAAUAGAACUUGAACAGUUUACAUGUGAAGUCAGCAGCAGACAGUUUAAAGACAGGCAGAGGAACCUGGUGUCCUCCAGCUCCGUCCUGUGUUCAGUGUGUCCUCCUGCUCCUGCUCCACAUCCUGCUCCUGUCCUCCUCCUCCUCCUCGUCACACCACACAGAGCCCUGUGGGUUUGUGCUCACUCAGUAGUUGUUGAGUUCGGUUGCUGCAUUGUGUACUUAAUCCUGUCCCUUAUCUCACAUCAUUCCUCUGUCUCCCUGCAGCGCCAUGGACAAGAGCAACACAGUGAAGCUCUUUGUGGGCAACCUGGCUCUGGACACCACCCAGGAGGAGCUGUCGGCCAUCUUCGAGCCCUACGGCCAGGUGGUCAGCUGCAGCGUGCUGCGGCAGUUUGCCUUCGUGCACCUGCAGGGCGAGGGCGCCGCCGAGCGCGCCAUCCGGGAACUCAAUGGGCGGGAGUUCCGUGGUCGUAACCUGGUGGUGGAGGAGUCCAGGGGCCGGCCGCUGCACUCCACCAAGGUGUUCGUGGGGAACCUGAGUGGGAUGUGCACCACUGAAGAUCUGCAGCAGCUGUUCCAGACCUUUGGGAAAGUUCUGGAGUGUGACAAAGUCAAAGGCUACGCCUUCGUCCACAUGGAGAACAAGGAGGACGCCCUCCAGGCCAUCGAGGCCCUGCAUGGCACCUCCUUCAAAGGGCGCCCCCUGUCUGUGGAGCUGUCCAAGGUGCAGCCCAGCAAGCAGGCGCCCACUGGGAAGAUCCCCUGUGUGAACUGUGGGAAGCAGGGCCACUAUGCUGGGGAGUGCCCCGUGGGGAAGCCCUCUCUGGAGCAGUACCAGAGCCAAGCUGCCGUCCUGGCUGCCGCGGCCGCUGCCGCCGCCGGCCUGCCCCUGCAGGUCCAACAGAGCGUCCACAACUCCGUCUACAACACCUCCACCUUCGACCCCACGUACGCAGCGCUCACUGGGAUCACCACGGGGACUCGCACUGACGGGAACCCAGUGAACCCGGCGGUUUACGGUGCCCUCGCCAGCCAGGUGUACGGUGCCAAUGUCGCCAAUCAGCUUUAUGGUUCGGUGGCCAAUCAGGCAGCUCUCACAUCAGGCGCCGCCCAGAUGUACAGCUCGAUGAACCCCAACAUCUACGGCCAGGUGGCUGCCAACCCGGCGGCGGCUGCGGCGGCUGCGGCUGCUCAUGCAUACUCAACUCAAGUUUACACCCCGACCAUGGGCAACCCCUCGGUCUACCUGACGGCUGGGCCCGGGAUGGAGAUGCCGUCGGCAGCCGCUGCAGUGAACCAGGCCUACACCGUCUCUCCGGCAAUUUAUGGUGGUGGCGCACCGGCCUACGCUCACAUCAGCGCCAUGGGAGCCGACCACACUCAAGCCAUCUUCGAGGCCGCCAGGCAGGCACACUACUUUGCUCAAGGGCAGCACGUCCUGGCCGAGCAUCAGGCGGCGUCAAUGGCUGCAGCAAAAUCCGGUGAGAGGGACCGCAGUCCCCUGCGGAGGUCGACGCCCCUGCUGCCGGACCCGGUGAUGAAGCCGUUCAUGUACCAGAGGGUGAAGCCUCGCCGACCCCUCCUCCCCACCCCCGCUGGUCGAGCAGCAGAGGAAGCAGCCGAGGCGGCGGAGGACCCGAUGGCCAGGUACUAUGCGGAGUACUACCAGCAGCUGCAGCAGUACCCUCAGUUCCAGUACGCCUACCAACCACAGGGCGCCAUGACGGCCAUCCCUGGCAUGUCGGCCAUGUCCGCGGUCCAGGCGAUGUCCGGCCAGCAGGUGGCGGCGCUGGACGCCCUCCGGCCAGUGGGCCACUCCGCCGCGGCAGUGGCAGCCGCCAUGGCCGCGCCCAGGGUGUAUGAGCCGCCGUUGCCGCCGCCCACGCGCAAGGAGGCCAUCCUCCGCCGCCCCGAACUCUCCCUUCACACGCCUGAGCCCCCCUUCCGAUAGUCGCACACAACUCUCUGCCCCCUCCCUCCCGCUCUGCCCUGAACCCCCCACCCCCCACAUUUCUUCUCGACCACCUUACAGCAGCUGUGUAUGUAUGUGCGAGUGUGUGUGUCAGGGUGGGGGGGGGGCUCCUGGGUUUAUUAACCUGCUUCAUGAGGGACCUGAUCAUCCGACCUUGGUUUUGUUGGCACACACACACGGUGCAGCCAGGCUCUCCCCUGUUGGGCAUUCUUUGUGCGUCUGUUUUACUUUGUUGUCGUGCCAGUCUCACACUUGUGCCAGUAUUAGGCCGACCCAGUCGGCCCUUCCUUAUGCCUUUAUUUCCGCAAACCCAGUUAUGAUUUUCUCAGGCCAAAUACUCCAUUACAAGAAAGACUUGGGUUUUGAACCCGCCUUCGUCCUCUAGGCCUAGAUGAUCCGUUCAGGCAGCUAGUUUGAAACCCUUUGCCUUAUGUUGAGAGAGUAGAUGUGUAGUGUAUCAGACGGGGGGGCAGAUCCAUCGUGUUCAGGCUGCACUGAAACGUGUCCAACAGAAUCAAGGUCCUUGUGUGUGGGGGGGCGUUUGUCUUGAGUGUGAUGUGAGUGGCAGACAGGGACACGUGUGCAGCACAGACGCAGCACAGACGCAGCAGCGGCGUCCUCCAGUAAAAACCGUAAAGCACACAUCGUACUGUAGUGUCUGGAUCUCUCCCUGACCCCCCCCCCCCCCCCCCCCGCUCUUUAACCUCAGCGCUGACCGACACUGCUUCGCCUCUUCCUCACGACAGCCGCCUACCUCUGAGUCACUGUCAGUUAGUGGAGUCUGUUCUGUCUUACUGUAUUCUAGUCCUCACGUCUCAGCCAGUCAG